AUGGAGAGAUUACAGAGGUUAAUGAUGAACACCAAAGUUGGUGCUGCUGAUGCCAACAAAGAUGAUACCAAGGAGACGGUCUAUAUUUCGUCCAUUGCCCUUCUGAAAAUGUUGAAACAUGGUAGAGCAGGUGUACCAAUGGAAGUUAUGGGAUUAAUGCUUGGUGAGUUUGUUGAUGAGUAUACAGUUAAUGUUGUUGAUGUCUUUGCGAUGCCUCAGUCGGGUACUGGCGUAUCUGUUGAAGCUGUUGACGAUGUCUUUCAAGCUAGAAUGAUGGAUAUGUUGAAGCAGACUGGUAGAGAUCAGAUGGUUGUUGGUUGGUAUCAUUCCCAUCCUGGGUUUGGGUGUUGGCUGUCAUCUGUUGAUGUUAAUACACAAAAGUCUUUUGAACAACUAAAUAACAGAGCUGUAGCGGUUGUUGUUGAUCCUAUCCAAUCUGUGAAAGGUAAGGUUGUUAUCGAUGCUUUCAGACUGAUAGAUACUGGCGCACUUAUCAACAACCAGGAACCUAGACAAACUACGUCAAACUCAGGUUUAAUGAACAAGGCUAAUAUACAGGCCUUAAUCCACGGUCUUAACAGACAUUACUACUCUUUGAAUAUUGAUUAUCAUAAAACCCCAGCUGAAACUAAGAUGCUAUUAAAUCUACAUAAGGAGCAAUGGCAAUCUGGCCUGAAAAUGCAGGAUUAUCAGGAAAAGGAAACUGAAAACCUGGAAGCCACAAAGAGAAUGGUUGCAGUAGCUCAACAAUAUUCAAAGAGAAUAGAGGAAGAAAAGGAAUUAUCUGAAGAGGAGCUAAAAACUCGUUAUGUUGGUAAACAGGAUCCUAAGAAGCACCUAGCUAAAACAGCUGAGAAUACACUAGAAGAAAACACUGUCUCAGUUCUUACCGCUGGUGUAAAUUCUAUAGCUAUUAAAUAA